GGGCGAUCCGGAGCAGGUCACAGCCUGCUCACAGCCGGUUUCCUGUUUUCAAACGGGGAACUUAGCAAAGUGGCAGCCCCUCGGCUGGUCACCGGAGCUUGGAACCGAGAGCUUGAAGGAGCCAUGUGACACUCCUCCUGGACCCCUGGACACACACAGCCCCAGAGACUGGAGACUUGGAGCAUGGCAAGUCCAGAGCACCCUGGGAGCCCUGGCUGGACGGGACCCAUAACCCAGUGCACUGCAAGGACCAAGCAGGAAGCACCAGCCACUGGCCCUGACUUCCCGCACCCAGGACCUGAUGGGCACUUAGACACACACAGCGGCCUGAGCUCCAACUCCAGCAUGACCACGCGGGAGCUUCAGCAGUACUGGCAGACUGAGAAAUGCCGCCGGAAGCACGUCAAACUGCUCUUCGAGAUCGCUUCGGCUCGCAUCGAGGAGAGAAAAGUCUCCAAGUUUGUGGUGUACCAGAUCAUCGUCAUCCAGACCGGGAGCUUUGACAACAACAAAGCCGUCCUGGAACGGCGCUAUUCCGACUUCGCGAAGCUCCAGAAAGCGCUGCUGAAGACGUUCAGAGAGGAGAUCGAAGAUGUGGAGUUCCCCAGGAAGCACUUGACCGGGAACUUCGCGGAGGAGAUCAUCUGCGAGCGCCGGCGCGCGCUGCAGGACUACCUGGGCCUGCUCUACGCCAUCCGCUGCGUGCGCCGCUCCCGGGAGUUCCUGGACUUCCUCACUCGGCAGGAGCUGUGCGAGGCCUUCGGCUGCCUGCGCGCCGGCCAGUACCCGCGCGCCCUGGAGCUGCUGCUGCGCGUGCUGCCGCUGCAGGAGAAGCUCACCGCCCACUGCCCCGCGGCCGCCGUCCCGGCCUUGUGCGCCGUGCUGCUAUGCCACCGCGACCUCGACCGCCCCGCCGAGGCCUUCGCGGCCGGAGAGAGGGCCCUGCAGCUCCUGCAGGCCCGGGAGGGCCACCGCUACUACGCGCCUCUGCUGGACGCCAUGAUCCGCCUGGCCUAUGCGCUGGGCAAGGACUUCGUGUCUCUGCAGGAGAGGCUGGAGGAGAGCCAGCUCCGGAGGCCCGCGCCCCGCGGCAUCACCCUGAAGGAGCUCACUGUGCGGGAAUACCUCCACUGAGCCGGCCUGGGACCCCACAGGGACGCUGGAGAUUUGGGGUCACCAUGGCUCACGGCGGGCUGUUUGGGGUUCUUCUUUCUUUCUUUCUUUCUUUUCUUUUUCCUAUUCUCUUUUGGUAUUUGAGAUAGUCUUGCUCUGUCACCCAGGCUGGAGUGCAGUGGCUCACCUAUGGCUCACUACAGCCUCAAACUCCUGGGCACAAGCAAUCCUCCCACCUCAACCUCCCAAGUAGCUGGGAUUACAGGUGCACACCAACACGCCAGGCUAAUGUUUUAAUUGUUUUUUGUAGAGACAGGGUCUCUCUGUUGGCCAGGCUGGUCUCAAACUUCUGACCUUCAAUGAUCUUCCUGCUCAAGCCUCCCAAAACACUGGUAUUACAGAUGUGAGCCACCACCCCUGGCCUGGGGUUCAUUUCUAAUGGGAAAAGCCAUUAGGGGCUCUAACUCACUAGGUGACUUUAGACAAGCCCCUCCUCUGGUCCUCAAUUUCCCCAUCUGUAUGGAACAGAGGUGCUCCUGGGGUCCUUGGAAGCCUCUGCUUGUGUCCCACGUCCCCUUGAUGCCAGGGUCACUUCAUCUCCGAAACAGAAACCCAGCUGACAAAACCCUGCAGUGUCCACCUCACCAGUAUCUUCAUGGGAAGCUAGAGGAGACGUUUACCUCACACAUUCUAGACAAAGCUUAGUCCAUUUCCUUGAAGACAGUUUUCUCUGGCUGUUCCAAGGCUUUUCUCUCUGUUCCUUCCACCUCAGAAUUGCUUUAAAAUAUUCCCAUCCAUUAUCCUAAUACUGUCCUAAUAUUCUAGCCUUUCUCCUUUACUAUGUAGACCUGACGCAACAAAACAAAAGCUCACCUAUUGCCCUCAAGAACAGCCUCUACACACAAACACGCACACACACACACACACGGACAC